UGCAUCUGGCCUCACAAGACAGGCAGGAGGCAGCGGAGGAGGAGGAGCGGGCAGGCGGGCGGCCAGGAGCUGCAGCGGCUGCCACGUGAGCGCACAGCCGGGGCCGCGCCGCGCCGCGCCGCGCCGCCCGGGACGCCAAUGCCGGGCCGGCGGCGCGCGGGGCUUGCUCAUGAGGCCUCUGCCGAGCCGGAGGAGGAGGAGCCACGGCCUCUCGCUGGGAGUCUUCGCCCUCUGCUUGGCCGCUGCCCGCUGUCUGCAGAGUCAGGGCGUGUCCCUGUACAUUCCCCAGGCAGCCAUCAAUGCCACGGUGGCAGAGGACAUCCUGCUCUCGGUUGCAUACUCCUGCCAUGGCAUCCCCACUAUCGAAUGGAAGUAUACGUCCAACUGGGGGAGUAGAAGAUCGUGGGAGUGGAAGCCAGGGACUCAGGCCAACAUCGCCCAAAGCCACAAGGACAGGGUCUGCACCUCGACAAUGGCUCCAUCCAGGCUUUCAGUGUGGGGUGUGAGGGAUUCCGGCUAAUACGUCAUCACGGUGACCGAGCCUGGGAGCAGUCAGUUUGGCACCAUCGUGCUGCAUGUGUCGGAGAUCCUCUAUGAAGACCUCCACUUUGUCGCUGUCUUCCUUGCUCUUCUCGCUGCCGUGGCUGCAGUGUUAAUCAGCCUCAUGUGGGUUUGUAAUAAGUGUGGCGAUAAAUUCCAGAGGAAGAGAAGACACAAGCUCAAAGAAAGCACAACGGAGGAGAUCGAGCUGCAAGAUUGUGGAGUGUUAGCCAAGGCUGGGCCCAGUGACAUUCUACCUCCAGAGGAAAACUUUAUCUCCCCAACGAAAGGGGGCAAACACGGCCGGUCCCACCCCAAGCCUCUUGUGCCACACACUGGUUCCUGAUGGACAGCUGGAUUUUGACAGGAGGUUGACUGAUGUUGACUGCCUGGAGCCGGACUCUGGAUUGGAUAAAGGCAGUUCCAGCGGCAUGGAGUCCAAAGAGGAGAGGGGUGGCAGGCUCUGAGCCACAGCUGUGCUUGCUGCGGCUCCCGGCCGUGUGGACGCGUCAGCAGUGGUCCCGUGCAGGCCCUGGCUGCUUCCUCACUACGCUCUGCUCUGGCGGGGGGAUGGCCGUUGGAGGGGUCCCCGUACCAGAGGCCAGAGUAUUUCCGGAUCAAGUGUGCAGCCAGCACCAGAGCAAGCUGUCUGUGCUCCGGUCUCCUCUGCCUGUGGCCUCCUUCAGCCCUCUGCUGUGGGAGCUAUUGUGAGAGCUGAGGCAUUAGAGCACCUGCUCAAAGCAGGGAGAGGACCCGCCCCCCCCCCCCCGCUCCGUGGCCUGGAGCUUUAGGGAGAAGAGCUUAAUUUGUUCCACAGGGACCAGCAUUGGGAACAAGGAAUAGGGAGAAAAUUCUCUUUCUCUUUCUCUCUUACUCCAACGUUGAUUAGAUUUUUUCCCUUCUAUGGCCCCAGUGUAGGCCAGUGUGAGGAAAACAGUUCAUCUCCACCAUGGGCAGAGUCUGGCUUCCAAAUGGCCCCCUGACAAGCUGGGUGACACUACCUGUGUGAAGGCUGGGCCUGCACGGUGGGAGGGACAACUGGAAAGUCAGCGCGGGGUUCAAAUCUGUCCCCCUCAGCCACUCACACUUCCUGUCAAGUCAGAGCCUUGCUUGCUCCCAACUGGGCUGAGGAACACUUGGCCCGCACCUACCUCACCCUCAGGGUAUCACGUGAGGCCCACAGUAGCACAGAGCACUCCGAGCAAUGGAAGGAAAGCAUGAGGAAUCUUCCAGAGCCUAGAAAGCAAUAAGCACUAUGCUGAGUCCUGGAAAAUGUAAAACACCCUGGGGUAUUGGGGCCCCAGGUGAAAGUGGGGACUGGAUCACAGCCGACCUUGGCCGUUGCUCUCUCAAGUUGUUGGCCACCGCGUUUGCCUGAGUUUCUCCAUCCCAGCUUCCUUUCGGCAAGCUCUAAAGCAGGCAUGAAUUUAUCUUCCAUUCUCUUUUCCCUCUCCAACAUUCUUAGCUACAGAUCAAAGGUACCAUCCAAUUAUUGGUGGAAUGUGAGCUUAGUAGCUGUGUCCCCAGCCCUCACUGCAAAUUUACCCACACAAACAUGAAGGAGAGCUAGAACAUUCUCUUCUUCUGCCUCUCUUCAAGUCCCCAGUGUCAACAUCUUUUCCAGAAGUUACCUGGAGACGUUAGUAUGAGGCUUUUCCCGAAUACUGAAUCCGGGUUUCAGGAAGGGAUCUUUUGGGGCUGUCAGUGAUCUAGAGCAGAGCUCCAAAGGCACUACUUGACUCAGAAGGUGAGAGAGCAGUGAUCUACACGACCGAUUUGUAGCCUAAGUAAUGUGACACACAGAAGGGUCUCACCUCAGGCCACCUCCUGGACACAUGUGUAACACACACACACACCUGCACCCUUUUCCCUGGACAGCAAUCAGGGGAACCAGACCUAUGCCAUGAAGGAGUGGGUUUCUUAUACUGGUCUCCAGUGCCGCAAAGAAGCAGGAUAAGUGCCAGAGAGGGUCAAGGAUAAUCUGAUCAUUUCUUCGUCCUUUUUCACACCCAUCAGCAGGAAAACCGGACUGGGAUCUGGUAGCUGCUAGAGCCUCUGUCCUCGUUGACACUACCUGCUUUCCAGAAAUCUACCUCUCAGCUUAUGAGAAGUCAGGGGUGGUAAUCUUUGUAAUAAAAGGAGAGAUGGAAAGAAGACCCAGCGAGAGGCACAAACCCGAUGUAAAUUAAAAUCUAGUUGCCCCGCCCUGCCCCAAAUCUUCAUGAAAGGUUAUUCCCCUCAGCUUUCCGUGUCUUUAUUUUGCACUUUAAGCUCCCCCCAUCUUGAAUAUUCCUGUGGAAAGUUCUUUGAUUCUUGAGCCUGGGGGUUUUGUCUAUUUUUUAAAAAAGAAAACAUUAAAUCAUAGAGGUUUAGCCACUGAACAUGUUAAACUAUAAGUUAUGUUUCAAGCUGUGAGGGAUAAAAAAAAAAAACCAUUUUAAGACUGAAAUAAAACCUGCAAACAAAGCUCUGGUCCUUUGUGUGUGAGCCCAUCCCUCGGAGAACUCAGAGGCCCUGGAGAGGUUCCAUCACAUGUAGACAGAAGCAAAACCCUCAGCCACAGCCAGGGACCUGACAGGUUUUUUUCAUGACAAUGGAAUUGAUCACAUUGAUUCUAACCAUAAACAUUCUUCAGCAAUUCAGAAAAGCCACACUUCAUUAGCGCCAUUAUUCUCCCUGUAUUGUAACCAGAAGACUAAUUGAAGUUUUUGGCUUCCGGAAUUGACUUGUGAUUCAAUAGAGUCCUCCUGCUUCUACAAGGGGCUGAAACGAGGAUGUGGCAGUUGUUAUCACCUCGUUCAACGGUGCAUAAGACGCCAGAACUUACGUGCUUUGUCGACAGAAUGUCCUCUCAGAGAUUGUGAUCUUAGAAACCCAAAAGGGACACACUGUUCUUUCUCAUUUCAUGGUGUUCCAGGUAUGCAAGGAUUGCUGAAUCAGAGCACCCCUGUCCUCUGGAGCCCGCAUGAGAUGCUAAAUGCUCCACAGGACGUCACGCUUGCUCUGAUUUGAAAUGGUACCACAACAAAGCUGAGGAGCCAAAGCAGUGAGAGAUAAGAAGGUUUCAGGAUAUCUUGCUCAGUGCAGGGCUGUAGAAACAAGCCCUGAGAGAGGAUAGGGUUUGGAAAGGCUAGAUAACUUUAACGAGGCAGAGAAGACGUGGCAGAAUAGAAUGUUAGAGAUGGAACCGAGAGAACCAAAUGUGAUGGGGUGAAACCCCAGGGCCCAGACGCAAAUACAGCCCCCUUUGACGACACGGGAGGGAGACUGGGAAAGGGAAACCCUCUCUCGGUCAUCAGCCUUUAUAUGUCCAGCAUGUUUCUUCUGCCCAGUUUUCAGGGAAGCCUCAGAUGCCUCCAGUUUACUGAAAGCAGAGCAAAUCCCUGUGGUAGUUGAUAGUGUGUCGAUCCAGAGCUCAGCUUCUGUUAAGGGACAGUGCGAGUCUCCAGCACACGCACCUCUCUGCACACCCAUAACCCAUCCCCACUGUCAGCUUUUCCAAACCCUGAGAACAUGGAUACUGAGUCCACUAUUUCCACUGCCUUUUAUUUUAAUUUAAUUUUUUUUUAUUAAAAAAAAUUUUUUUAUUGGAGUGUAGUUGA